AUGAGGAAGGGGCCAGUUGCAUCCCACUUUCACAAUGGGAAAGUGAAACGCACAAGCGCACCCAACCUCUCCAGCCCUCCCCGCCCGCCUCGCUCCCCUCCGCCCGUCCCCUCCCUUCCCCUCCGCGCCUCCCCGCGAGCGCCCGCGCCGCACAGAGGAACUCUCCGGCGAAGGCGGACGAGGAGGAAGCGUCUCCGGAGCGCGCAAGGCUUGCCGCCGCGGCACAGGCUGCCGGAGCGAGCCCGCCGCGCGUCGUCCUCCCUGCACUCCUUCCCGGCCGAGCCGCGGGGAUGGGGCGGCCGCGGGAGCCCGAGCGCGCGCAGGAGCCGCCACCGCCGCCGCCGCCGCCCGCGUCUCCGUCGCCGCGCGCCUGAGCCGCCCGAGCCGCCGCGCGCCCUGCCCGGGGGCGGCCCCCCUAGCCCCAUGGAGGUCUCCCGGAGGAAGGCGCCGCCGCGCCCCCCGUACCCUGCCGCACCGCUGCCCCUGAUCGCCUAUCUGCUGGCACUGGCGGUUCCCGCCCGGGGCGCGGACGAGCCGGUGUGGCGAUCUGAGCAAGCCAUCGGAGCCAUAGCGGCGAGCCGAGCGGACGGCGUGUUCGUGGCGAGCGGCAGCUGCCUGGACCAGCUGGACUACAGCCUGAAGAACAGGCUCUCCCGCCUAUACCGGGACCAAGCGGGCAACUGCACCGAGCCUGUCUCGUUGGCGCCCCCCGCGCGGCCCCGGCCCGGGAGCAGCUUCAGCAAGCUGCUAUUACCCUACCGCGAGGGGGCGACCGGUCUCGAGGGGCUGCUGCUCACCGGCUGGACCUUCGACCGGGGCGCCUGCGAGGUGCGGCCCUUGGGCAACCUUAACCGCAGCUCCCUGCGCAACGGCACCGAGGUGGUGUCGUGUCACCCGCAGGGCUCGACGGCCGGUGUGGUGUACCGCGCGAGUGGCACCGAUCUCUGGUACCUGGCGGUAGCCGCCACCUAUGUGCUGCCGGAGCCGGAGACCGCGAAUCGCUGCAACCCCGCGGCAUCUGAUCGCGACACGGCCAUCGCGCUCAAGAACACGGAGGGGCGCAGUCUGGCCACGCAGGAGCUGGGCCGCCUGAAACUGCGCGGUAGUGCGGGCAGCCUGCACUUCGUGGACGCCUUUCUCUGGAACGGCAGUGUCUACUUCCCCUACUAUCCCUACAACUACACAAGUGGCGCUGCCACCGGCUGGCCCAGCAUGGCGCGCAUCGCGCAGAGCACAGAGGUGCUAUUCCAGGGCCAGGCGGCCCUCGAUUGCGGCCACGGCCACCCCGAGGGCCGCCGCCUGCUGCUUUCCUCCAGUCUGGUGGAGGCUGUGGACAUCUGGGCCGGCGUGUUCAGCGCGGCCACUGGAGAGGGCCAGGAGAAGCGCUCCCCCGCCACCACGGCUCUCUGCCUCUUCAGGAUGAGUGAGAUCCAGGCGCGCGCCAGGAGCUGCAGCUGGGACUUUCAGGCGACUGAGCACAACUGCAAAGAAGGGGAUCAGCCUGAACAGGUCCAGCCAAUCGCAUCGUCAACACUGAUCCACUCUGACCUGACGUCUGUGUAUGGCACGGUGGUGAUGAACAGGAUUGUUCUGUUCUUGGGGACUGGAGACGGCCAGUUACUUAAGGUUGUUCUUGGAGAGAAUUUGACUUCAAAUUGCCCAGAGGUUAUCUAUGAAAUUAAAGAAGAAACGCCCGUGUUCUACAAGCUCGUUCCUCACCCCGUGAAGGACACCUACAUCUACCUAACGGCUGGGAAGGAGGUGAGAAGAAUUCAAGUUGCAAACUGCAGUAAACGUAAAUCCUGUUUCCAGUGCUUAGCAGCGGCAGACCCCCACUGUGGCUGGUGCCUCCCGCUACAAAGGUGCACUUUUCAAGGGGAUUGCACACAUGCUGGGAGCUUUGAAAACUGGCUGGAUAUUUCAUCAGGACCUAAGAAAUGCCCGAAAAUUCAGAUAAUUCGAAGCCUCCGAGAGAGGACCACAGUGACCAUUGUGGGAAGCGUCUCUGCGAGACACUCGGAGUGCGUGGUGAAGAACGCAGACACGGGCAAGCUGCUUUGCCAGGGGAGAAGCCAGAUGAACCGGACCUGUGCCUGCAACAUCCCUAGCAGACCCAGCAACAAUGUCUUUGUCGUCAACGCCACCUUCACCUUUCCAUCUUGGAGCGUAUCGGAAAGAUUCAACUUCACCAACUGCGCGUCAGUGAGAGAAUGCCCAGCAUGUAUUGAAACUGGCUGUGCUUGGUGUAAACGGGACAAAAGAUGCAUCCAUCCCUUCACCCCCUGCGAACCGUCGGAUUAUGAGAGGAAUCAGGAGCUCUGUCACGUUGCUGUGGAGAAACCACCCAAGGACUCAGGAGGAGGAAGAGUCAAGGAGAGCAAGAGAAACAGAACCGACCCGGCUUUGCAGGUCUUCUACAUUAAGGCCAUUGAGCCACAAAAAAUAUCGACCUUAGGGAAAAGUAAUGUGAUUGUUACUGGAGCAAACUUCACCCAAGCGUCAAAUAUCACCAUGAUCCUGAGAGGAACCAGUACAUGUGAGAAGGAUGUGAUCCGGGUUAGCCAUGUGCUAAAUGACACACACAUGAAAUUCUCGCUUCCAUCGAGCCGCAAGGAAAUGAAAGACGUUUGCAUCCAGUUCGACGGUGGGAACUGCUCGUCCGCUGGGGCGCUCUCAUACAUUGCCCUGCCGCACUGUUCCCUGAUAGUGCCUGCCACCACCUGGAUCAGUGGUGGACAAAAUAUAACCAUCAUGGGCAGGAAUUUUGACGUCAUUGACAACCUAAUCAUUUCACAUGAGCUGAAGGGAAACAUAAAUGUCUCUGAAUACUGCAUGGCAACUUCCUGCAGGUUUUUAGCUCCUAAUUUAAAGAGCUCCAAAGGGCGUACAAAUGUGGUUGUGAAGCUAAGGGUACAAGACACCUACUUGGACUGUGGAACCCUGCAGUACCUCGAGGACCCCAGAUUUACAGGGUACCGAGUGGAGUCAGAGAUCGAUACAGAGUUGGAAGUAAAAAUUCAAAAAGAAAACGACAAUUUCAACAUUUCCAGGGAUGACAUCGAUAUUACUCUCUUCCAUGGGGAAAACAAACAAUUUAAUUGCAGUUUCGAAAAUAUCACCAGAAACCAAGAUCUCACAACCAUCCUUUGCAAGAUCAAGAGCAUCAAGAAUGCAAACACCAUCGCCACCUCCUCUAAGAAAGUCCGAGUCAAACUGGGAAAUCUGGAGCUCUAUGUGGAACAGGAAUCCGUUCCUUCCACGUGGUAUUUUCUGAUCGCGCUUCCAAUCUUGCUGGCCAUUGUCAUUGUUGUGGCUGUGGUGGUGACCAGGCACAAAUCCAAGGAGCUGAGUCGGAAGCAGAGCCAACAGCUGGAACUGCUGGAGAGUGAACUCCGGAAAGAGAUCCGCGAUGGCUUUGCCGAGCUCCAGAUGGAUAAAUUGGAUGUGGUUGAUAGUUUUGGAACGGUACCCUUCCUUGACUACAAACAUUUCGCUCUGAGAACUUUCUUCCCUGAGUCAGGUGGCUUCACGCACAUCUUCACUGAGGACAUGCACAACAGAGACGCCAAUGACAAGAACGAGAGCCUCACAGCCUUGGAUGCCCUAAUAUGUAAUAAAAGCUUCCUAGUUACUGUCAUCCACACCCUUGAGAAGCAGAAGAACUUCUCAGUAAAGGACAGGUGUCUCUUUGCGUCCUUCCUAACCAUCGCUCUGCAAACCAAGCUGGUCUACUUGACCAGCAUCCUGGAGGUGCUGACCAGAGACCUGAUGGAGCAGUGCAGUAAUAUGCAGCCCAAGCUCAUGCUGAGGCGCACGGAGUCUGUGGUGGAGAAACUCCUUACAAACUGGAUGUCCGUCUGUCUCUCUGGUUUCCUUCGGGAGACUGUUGGGGAACCAUUCUAUUUGCUGGUGACGACUCUGAACCAGAAGAUAAACAAGGGUCCUGUGGAUGUGAUCACCUGCAAAGCGCUGUACACCCUUAACGAAGACUGGCUGCUGUGGCAGGUUCCUGAAUUCAACACUGUGGCAUUAAAUGUCGUCUUUGAAAAAAUCCCAGAAAAUGAGAGUGCAGAUGUCUGCCGGAAUAUUUCAGUCAAUGUUCUUGACUGUGACACCAUAGGCCAAGCCAAAGAAAAGAUUUUCCAAGCCUUCCUAAGCAAAAACGGUUCUCCAUACGGACUCCAGCUCAAUGAGAUUGGCCUUGAACUUCAGGUGGGAACACGACAGAAAGAACUCCUGGACAUUGACAGCUCCUCUGUGAUUCUUGAAGAUGGGAUAACCAAGCUGAACACCAUUGGCCACUAUGAGAUAUCAAAUGGAUCCACUAUAAAAGUCUUUAAGAAGAUAGCAAAUUUUACUUCAGAUGUGGAAUACUCAGAUGACCACUGCCACUUGAUUUUGCCAGAUUCAGAGGCAUUCCAAGUAGUUCAAGGAAAAAGACAUCGAGGGAAACACAAGUUCAAAGUAAAAGAAAUGUAUCUGACAAAGCUGCUGUCGACCAAGGUGGCAAUUCACUCUGUGCUUGAGAAACUCUUCAGAAGCAUUUGGAGUUUGCCUAAUAGCAGGGCCCCAUUUGCUAUAAAAUACUUCUUUGACUUUCUGGAUGCCCAAGCUGAAAACAAAAAAAUCACAGACCCUGAUGUCGUACAUAUCUGGAAAACAAACAGCCUCCCUCUUCGAUUCUGGGUAAACAUCCUGAAGAACCCUCAGUUUGUCUUUGACAUUAAGAAGACUCCACACAUAGACAGCUGUUUGUCAGUGAUUGCCCAAGCAUUCAUGGAUGCCUUUUCUCUCACAGAACAGCAACUGGGGAAGGAAGCACCAACCAAUAAACUUCUCUAUGCCAAGGAUAUACCAACCUACAAGGAGGAAGUGAAGUCUUACUACAAAGCAAUCAGGGAUUUGCCUCCAUUGUCAUCUUUAGAAAUGGAAGAAUUCUUAACUCAGGAAUCUAAGAAACAUGAAAAUGAAUUUAAUGAAGAAGUGGCCUUGACAGAAAUCUACAAAUACAUCGUAAAGUAUUUUGAUGAGAUUCUAAAUAAACUAGAAAGAGAACGAGGGCUGGAAGAAGCUCAGAAACAACUCUUGCAUGUAAAAGUCUUAUUUGAUGAAAAGAAGAAAUGCAAGUGGAUGUAAGCACCCUGGGGCCUGGCUUUAUUUGACAAAGUUCUUCAGACAGCUUGGGAGCAAAAUGGCUGCUUGAGCUACUCUUUGUCGUUAAUGUCUUAAGUUUGCACAUGGGUUCCACUUCCAGCACUGUCUUUUAAGAGACCAAGGCACACGCACAGCUUUUAGAAAGCGUUAUCAACUACUGUGCCUGUUGGUAUGUCGUGGGAACCUUCUGUAAAUAGAGCUGAAGUGGUUGUUGCAAACAGCCUCCUUGUUUACAGAGAAUACAGGGCCAGUAAGCAAGUGUCAGUAUUGUAACUAGUCUCCACUUAAGCACAAUGGUAUCUAAGUGGCUUUGUUGGAAAACUACAGCUAUGUAGCACUUGUGACUACACUGUACUCCUGCGGAGGGAAGGGGAUACCAACAAUGCUCACACUGUGAAAGGAGUCAUGUGGAAAUAAGGUGGGGGUGUUAGGGCAGCCCUGAGGAUCUGCAGCAUUAGGUCACUUUCCCUAGGAGUUCUUGGAAAGGCUGAAGGCAGAAUUUGGUAGUGUGUACACUUAGCAUUCGUGAGUGUGUGUGUUUAAACCAAAAACUAACAGUGUUGCAACAUUGUUGAAAGGGCUCGUGUUUUUCAGUGGUUGCCAGCCGGGCUCAUCAGCUCACCUCCAUCUCAUCAAAGCAGCUCUAAAGCAAGGAGAGUGGGUGGGUUUCACUGAAAUGCAACAGCAGUUUUCCUAGACUCUGUCCUACAGUGUCUCCUUUUUAUCUUUUUCAUGUAUCUGGUAGUGGACAUGUUGGGUAUUGUAAGAAAAGAGUUCAUGACUUUACUUCUGUUUGAUCAGAACUGUCUGUGGAUGUGUAAGUCACUCCUGUAACCUUACAUUUCUGUGCUAGUGUCUCCUUGCUUUAGAUUUCUGGUGAACCCUGUGGUUAUAAAUACUUGUGUGUGAUUAAAAUAAAAGAUACAUUUUACAUUUCAUCAAAUUGUUGUUCACAUUGGAGUAUUAUAUAUAAAUAUAUAUUUGAGGCCCAAGGCCUGGAAAAUAUUAGUACAACUUGGUAUCUUAGUCUUACUAUGUACUUUUUGAAAGUAUUCCUUACAGGAGAAAGAUUUAAAAUACUCAUUUUAUUCGUGCCUCUUUUUUUUUUUUUCAAAGAAUUUCCUAUCGAGUUAUAAUGUAGUCUUUUUUAUUGCUGAUUUUUUAUUCCCAAAUUUUUGCUGCUCAUGACCAAUUUUAAUACCACUGUGUUUUCCUUCUAUUAAACAGAAGUAAAAAGUGUAAUCUGACAGCUCUCUCACUUACCUUGUAGCGGGCACCUUUUACCCUUGGUGUUCCAAACCCCCCAGUUUAGGAAGGAAUUUUCUUUCAAUCAGCAAAUAAACCAUCGAGCACACAUUCCUUUAAAACCAUUUACCAGCACUGUCUGGACCGUCUAGAAUGCAAUGUGAAUUGUCUCGGUAAACGCAAUCCUUUUGCUCCUUACUGUCCCAUAAAGUAGAAGAGAGGGGACACCUCAACAGUGCAGUUGCUGCCCCGACAGGCACCUUCCCGAUCCUAUUUCUUGUGACUUGUCUGUCCAAUGGACACAUCUCAAAACUACUACCAAAUAGUUUAUUUCUAAGUAGAAAGGUGAGAGGUCUGGUCCCCAUUUAAAGCUGCUACUGUCUUCAAAGAGGUGAAGGCAUUCAUAAGAGAAAAGCUGGAGGAGACUCGAGAGCCAAGGGUAGGAGAAUUGCCCAACAAACCCCCUUCUCUGGGGAACAGGGAACUCGAAGGCGGAGCCUCAGCUUUAGCUAUCACGGAAUGCCACAUAUGGUGAGGGUGUCCCUGUCCAGCUCUCUGACCGCCUCUUCCAGGAGUUAGGAACUUUGGGCAAGUCACUUACCUCUUUGUGCCUCAAUUUCUGUAUUCUCUUUCUAACCUACCUCACCGAGGUGGUGUGAAGACUCACUAAUGUAUGUAGUGUUUGUCAGUCCUCCAGUGGAAAGCACUAUCUACAUCACACUUUGGAUCGCAUUAGGCAAACGCACAGAAUGUCCAAAUUAGAUGUGUGCUGAAGACAAUCAGUCACUGGGCCUCUCCUCAACAACUAAAGAAACAGAUGACAAACGCUCUCUAUUUUCAAGUUUCUUUGCAUAUUUUUGGUGCAAAACAAUUACUUUAUAAACUUUUUUUUUCUAACACUAGUGUCUAAAGCAGCAUUUAAAAGUUACUUCUGUUACUUUUUCUGUAUUAGGAUUUAAAGUCUAUUUCUUACUGUAUAGCUGACUGAAGCUGUUCUUGGAGAUGAAUGUUUUAAAUGUCUAUAUCCAGAAAUAAACAUUUUGCUGUAA